UUUUCUUUUUUAAAAAUCCAAACAGCAAAAUUCUCACGAAAAGAAAACCUUAUCCAACAUUUUGUUUUCCACUUCACAUCAUCAAUAUCAUCUCCUUCACUUCACCUCCCUAAUAUUUUCCUUAUUCAAAUUCUGCAACUUUCUUCAAACAUUAAAAACAUCAAAAUGCAACAACAACAACAUUAACUAAAACAACAACAAUGGCAUUCACAAACAACAACAUUAAACUAUCAUCAUCAGAAUUUCCAUUCAACAAUUCAUCAUCAUCAUCACAAUUCUCACUCAUCACUCUUUCUCGCUCCUCUUUCAAUCUCUUUCUCUCUCAUCCCAAAUCCUCAUUUCCUACAAUCACUUUCUCAUCUCUCAAAACAACCCAUCAUUCAUCUCCCAACCCAACACCUCCAUGGCUCACCAAAACAACCGAUUCUCCCAAAAGGGUAUCUGAAACUACCAUCAAAGAAGAAUCUUCUCAUUUCCAACCUGAUAAACCCAAAACCCCGGUCGAAAGAAUCGUUUUUCGGUUAAGAAACUUAGGUUUAGUAGAAGAUGAUGAACAACAACAACAAAAACAAGAACAAGAAAAAGAAGUAGAAGAAGCUAAAUUGAGUGCAUUAACUGUUACUGGAGAUGAGAAAUUGAGUGAAUUGUUGAAGAGAAAAUGGGUUCGUCCUGAUGUUUUAUUGGAUGAUGAUGGUGAUGAAGAGGAGAAGAUGGUGGUUCCAUGGAAGAGAGAGGAAGAAAGAGAAAUAGGUGGUGGUGGUAGUGGUGGUGGUGAAAUUGAAGAAGAGGGGUUUAAGAAGAGGACAUUAAAGGCUCCAUCUUUGGCUGAUUUGACACUUGAAGAUGAAUUGUUGAGGAGGUUAAGGAGAGAGGGUAUGCGUGUUAGAGAGAGGGUUAAUGUACCUAAAGCUGGACUUACACAAGAGGUUAUGGAGAAGAUUCAUGAAAGGUGGAGGAGAGAAGAGUUGGUUAGGCUUAAGUUUCAUGAGGAACUUGCUAAGAAUAUGAGGAUUGCUCAUGAGAUUGUUGAGCGCCGAACAGGAGGAUUGGUUACAUGGAGAGCGGGAAGUGUUAUGAUGGUGUAUCGUGGUAAAAAUUAUCAAGGUCCUGCUUCCCCGAAGGAACUCGAUGUAGAGGAAGGUGAUGGAUUUCUUGUGCCGGAUGUCUCGUCAGGAAGUUUGUCAACAAUAAAGGACAGUGAUGCAACCACAUUCCUCGCAAAUAGUGAGUCAGUUAGGAGGAACAACAAACAGCGAGAGAACUUGACAGAAGAGGAAAUAGAGUACAAUGCACUUCUUGAUGGUUUAGGUCCUCGAUUUGUUGAAUGGUGGGGUACAGGAAUACCUCCUGUUGAUGCUGAUUUACUUCCACGUGUCGUUCCUGGUUAUAAAACACCUUAUAGGCUUCUACCUGUUGGAAUGCGUUCUCGACUAACAAGUGCAGAGUUGACUGAUUUGAGGAAAAUUGCAAAGUCACUUCCUUCUCAUUUUGCCUUAGGGAGAAAUAGAAAUCACCAAGGCCUAGCAUGCGCUAUUCUUAAGCUUUGGGAGAAGAGUUUAAUUGCAAAGAUUGCUGUUAAACCCGGUAUCCAGAAUACAAACAAUAAACUAAUGGCCGAUGAGCUUAGUACAUUAACAGGAGGUACCUUGCUGCUAAGGAAUAAAUUUUACAUUGUUAUAUAUCGUGGGAAGGACUUUGUUCCAACAACUGUGGCUGCAGUUUUAGCUGAAAGACAAGAAUUGACAAAACAAGUACAGGAUGUUGAAGAGACGGUGCGGUGCAAAACUGUUGUUGCAACUCCAUCUGGACAAGGUGAAGCAACAGCACCGGCAGGAUCUUUAGCAGAGUUCUAUGAGGCCCAGGCUCGUUGGGGAAGGGACGUAUCUACCGAAGAACGGGAGAGGAUGAUAGAAGAAGCUACCAAAGCCAAGAAUGUUAAACUUGUCAAACAAAUUGAACACAAACUCUCUCUUGCCGGGACGAAAAAGCUUCGAGCAGAAAAGCUGUUAGCCAAAAUAGAAUCAUCCAUGGUUCCAGCUGGUCCUGAUUAUGACCAGGAAAUAAUCACAGAUGAAGAACGUGUUGUGUUCCGCAGGAUUGGUUUAAGAAUGAAGCCAUACUUACCACUUGGUAUACGUGGUGUUUUUGAUGGUGUCAUUGAGAACAUGCAUUUGCAUUGGAAACACCGAGAACUUGUAAAAUUGAUAACAAAACAAAAGACUCUUGCUUUCGUCGAAGACACGGCAAGGUUACUGGAAUAUGAGAGUGGUGGAAUUCUCGUGGCAAUAGAGAAAGUUUCUAAAGAAUUUGCUCUUAUUUAUUAUCGUGGCAAAAAUUAUAAGCGGCCCAUUACUUUAAGGCCAAGAAACCUUCUAACAAAGGCAAAGGCAUUGAAGCGUUCUGUAGCCAUGCAACGGCAUGAGGCUCUGAGUAACCAUAUUACAGAAUUGGAAACAACAAUUGAACAAAUGAAACAAGAACUUGGUCUAUCUGAAGAUGAGUGGAGCAUGACGGAAGGGAAUGAAAAUCAAGAAUUUGAUCAAAGUGAAGAUGAUGAAGAUUCUGAUGGUUUUGAUGUUGAGGAAGACACGGAUUGGGAUGAUGACGAGGACCCUGAGGUUUCCGAACUCCACAUCGACGAGCAUCCUUGAAGACUGGUUGCCAUAUUUUUGUCGAAGUUUCAUGAUGACAGCUGCAAUUUCCUGCAGCUAGAUAGGUAUCAAUUUUGUUAUUUAAUUUUGAUCACAUAGCUCAUAAGUUUUCAAAAGUUUACAAUAUACAAUAGUUAAGGGAAAAAUGAUCUCUUCGGCUAUGUGAUUCCGAUGCUUUAGGGUAUCCAAAACGCAGGCUGAGUUUCAGCAACUUGAGUCGUUCUUCUUCUAUUUGCACAUUCUUAGAGCUGAAAAUAUGGAGUGUGAUUAAUUCAGAGUUCUACAAAGACGUGCCUACAGCAGCAAAAAAUCGUCACCGAUUACCUUAUUGCCCCGGGCUUUCAUUUGAAUGACACUUAAUCUUUCACUGUUUUUUUUUUUUUUUUUUUUUGAAAUAGUAACAUAGGAUGCUAGCUGAAUUUUGAGUAGCAUGAUGGACAAACACUAUGCUGUAUACUGGACUCUGCCUGUCAUUGUUAUUGACAUGAUUAUUGUAAAUUUUUCUUCACAUUGUAAUAGGCUAUACUCAUUUAGGUAGUUCAAAACUGGUAAAGGAUGUUGCACUCCUGUUCUUACUGUUGUGACAUUAUUUUGGCUUAAUGAGAUGUACCAUAAAUGUGGAGUAAACAAUAAA